AUGGUCAACUUACUCAAGCGAAUGCGAAAGCUCAACACCCGCCUCCUCAAUAUCCGCAUUGGCACCGGGGCAGCCAUCCUCCCUUCCAUCAGCACUUCAUUAAAAGACCAACCUGCCGUCACACGCAUACAUCUCACCUACGCACAAUACAUCAAGGGCGGACACAUGGGCGCCCGCCAAUUCUGGCGCCGAUGCCUACCCCGUCUCAAAUACCACAACCCAGCAAUCCAAAUGUCCGUCAAACAGACCGACGAACAAGACGGUCCCGCCGCGCUCACAAUCUUUUUCUCGGGUGCCCCCAAGAGCAACAAGCACCACGACAGCUCGAUCCAAGACAAAUACGCGCCCACCCCGGCCGAGGGCGAAAAGGCAAUUGUCAUUGAUACCAAGAACUACGACUACAAACAAAUCUGGCAAAAAGUGCAAGAGGCCACGGGCGCCCAGGAAAUCCCGCCGACGGCCGAGGAGGUGCAGCAGUUGGCCGAGUUUAAAGAGAUGGCAAUCAAAUCGGAGCACGACAGGGUGCGUAUUGCUGCUAUGCGUCAAGCGAAGAAGGAUCAAGAGCGUAUGCUGCAAGAGGCUAGAGGAGAGGUGGAGAAGCUCCGACAGCUGUAA